AUGGCUGAGUAUGAAGCAUACAUCAUGGGUCUAAAAAUGUCUAUCAAUAAGGACAUUCAAGAGUUGCUGGUAAUCGGAGAUUUAGAUUUGCUGAUUCAUCAGGUACAAGGUGAAUGGUCCAUGAAGAAUUCAAAGAUUGCACGGCAUACUCUAAGGUUGCAGAAUGAUUUUGCUGAUGCUCUUUCUACUAUUUCCUCAUUGAUCAAACAUCCGAAUAUAAGUUACAUUAACCCUCUAGAGGUAUAUUUGAAAGAACAACCCGCUCAUUGUUCGCAUGUCGAAGCAGAACCAGAUGGAAUACCUUGGUAUUUUGACAUAAAGAAAUAUCUAGAAAUUGAAACUUAUCCAGAUAAUUCGACUUUCAAUCAAAAGAAAGCAAUACGUCGAAUGGCUAAUAAUUUCUUUCCAAGUGGAGAACCCUUUAUAGGAGGACUCCAGAUAUGGGACUUUUCAAAUGUGUCGAUGCCAUUGAAGCUACGAAGCUUCUCGAAUAGAUUCAUGCGGGAGUUUGUGGAACUCAUAUGA